AUAAUCAAGGUUCACUUAGUUGUUUUACCCAUUUUAUUUUUGUUCACUCUAGUUUUCUUAACAUUUCAGGUGUACAAGUUCCUAUUUCCUGGAAUCCUGAGGAUUUCCUUUAGUGAUUGUCAUUGGAUGAGUCUGCUUUCUCAGUACUCCUGGCCAGGAGGGAGACACAGAAGAGGAGGAAUGGCUGCAGGAUUACUGACAACCUGGUCACAGAACUCAGUGACCUUUGAGGAAGUGGCGGUGGACUUCUCCCAGGAGGAAUGGGCAUUGUUGGACCCUGCUCAGAAAAUCCUGUACAGAGAUGUGAUGCUGGAGAACUUUAGGAACCUGGUCUCCAUGGGGUAUCAUCUCUACAGAAGCAGCCUGUUUGCUGAGGUGGAGCAGGAAGAACUGAGGACAGAAUGGAGAGGAAUUCUCCAAGGUGCCUGUACAGUUUCAGAUUGGGAUAUACAACUUAAAUCAAAAGAUGCAAUUCCGAUGCAGAAUGUUCCUGAGGAGAAAAAUUCUAAUCACAUAAAAAUGGUACCACCUCAACCUGGUGAGAAGCCCUUGGAAUUUGAUCACAGCAGAAAAUUCUUCAGGAAGAACUGUCACCUUAAUUGUUCAAGGUAUUGCAAGGGAAAGAAAUACUACAAAAAUAAAGAAUAUUGGAACUGCUCCAGCCAUCCUUCAACUUUUAGGAGUUAUGUGAGUAAUCACAGUGGAAAGAAAACUUUUGAGUUUGAUGAUUGUGGCAUACCUUUCAGUCAAGAGUCAUCCCUUCAGAAACACUUAAGAACCCUCAUGGGAAAGGAAUCUUAUGAUUGUAGACAGUGUCUUAUGUCCUUCAGCUUACAUGCCUGCUUUUCAGUACAUGAGCCAGUACCUCCUGGAAAGAGACUCUGUGAAGGCAGUGACUGUGGAAAAACGUCUUCCCUUAGUGUCCCCAAAAAAAUGUGUACUGUGGAGGAAAGUGCCAAGUGUAAUGAGCUUGGGAAACUUUUCACUGGCCCCUUGUCCCUUGAGAAAUGUGUGACACCUCAUACUGGAGAUAAACCUUAUGAAUGCAGGAACUGUGGGAAGGCCUUCGUUUUUCAGUCUUCCCUUAAGAAACACAUGAGAUCUCACACUGGAGAGAGACCUUACCAGUGUAAUCAUUGUGGAAAAUCCUUUAGCCAGAGCUCACAUCUUAAUGUGCACAAAAGAACUCACACUGGGGAGAAACCCUAUGACUGUAAGGAAUGUGGCAAAGCUUUCACUGUUCCGUCAUCCCUUCAGAAACAUACGAGAACCCAUACUGGAGAGAAACCCUACAAAUGCAGUGACUGUGGGAAAGCCUUCAUUGAUCAGUCAUCCCUUAAGAAACAUACACGAUCGCACACUGGAGAGAAGCCUUAUGAAUGUAAUCAGUGUGGAAAAUCCUUCAGCACAGGCUCUUACCUGAUUGUGCACAAGAGAACUCACACUGGAGAGAAAACCUAUGCAUGUAAAGAAUGUGGAAAGGCCUUCAGGAAUUCCUCUUGCCUAAGAGUACAUCUGAGAACUCACACAGGAGAGAAGCCCUAUAAAUGUAUUCAGUGUGGAAAGGCAUUUAGCACCAGCACUAACCUCAUAAUGCACAAGCGAAUACAUACAGGACAGAAACCCUAUGAAUGAAAUGACACAGGAAAGCCUUAAGUGGUCCUUUCCAGAACUCACACUGGAAAAAAACCCUAUUGAGACCAAUGUAGAAAGACUUCAGGCACAGUUCUUGACCUAGGUUAUUCUGAGACCAACCUUAUAAAUGCUACAGUUCUAUAAUUGUCUUUAUCAAUGAGUUUUCAUCCUUGAAGUGCAACAGCUCAUUAGUUAAUGAGUAUUAAAAGUUAUGUAGUACUCUAAAUGCCCCUGAUCUACAUCAUAAAGGUUUUGAUAUGUAAUGUUUUCACUGUAAUUUAGUACAAAUAUUGUCCAAUUCUCAUUGAGGUGUCUUGCACCUAUAGGGUAUUUAGAAAUACAUUUUUUAAUAUGCAGACUAUGCAUAUUAUCUUUUAGUUAAAACUAUAAUUGCAUUAUGCACAGAAUGCAUGGUCUUUAUGAUACAGAUUCUGUAUGACAAAUUCAAACAAAAUUGUUGGAGACUUGCUGUGUGGUCUAAUGUGUCAGAUAUAAGAAAUGCUUCCUACAUCCAUUUUUCUGUUCCCUUCAAAAAGUUACAAAACUACAGUUGUGUUCAAGUUGGCAGUGUGGACAGUCUUUUAAGGUUUCAUCUCCAAGCCUUCCUUGCAGCUAUGAGUGCCCACCCAUGAGCCCCCAAUUCCAGCCAGUAAAAAUAGUCAGAGAUCACUGCUUAUAGGUUCUAAAGAAGUUCAUGGAAAUGGAAGCAUCUCUGGCAUUUUCUCUUUACCAUUUACCCCUUGUCUUAUCUCAUCUUCUUUCCUGGAUAAUAGACCAAGAGGAUGACUGUCAUAGACCACUGAUUAUACAAAAGGAGCAUACAGUGUUAUUUGAGUCUGCCAAUUCUAGACUGCUUAUUUCUGGACUUUAUGUAACAUGAGAAAAAUAAACUCCAAAUUGUUUAAA